GUUUAAUUUUUGUUACCCUCCCGCCCUGCCCCAAGGGACAGGUGUUGAAAUUGCGCCACUUCCAAAAUUUUCAAUUGCUUGCCGCCCAUAAAACCCUAAUUCUCCACUGGGCUCAGCGAUCAAUCGCAGGGGCGACAUGGACAGCGACGACGAUUAUCAGCAUUUCUCAUCUCAAGAACCUUCCCCAUCUGUGCAGGGACGGCAGCUGAAACGCCUGAAGAAAGCCCCUAGGGUUUCCAAAGAUCCUCCCUCCAAUCCAUCACACGAAGCCCCUUUGAACGAUUCUUCCAGGCCGGAGGCUCUUGCGUCUUCAAAAGCCCGAGAUUUCGAAGAUUCGAACGAGCCAUUGCAAUCGGAGUUCGUACGCGAGAGCUUUGAUGGUGAGAGUGGGUCCAAUUCAGGUAGUGGUGACACGCGUUCCGAUGCAGAUCAUGUGGAAGUUAGGAGGGCUUUGGAAUUUGAUUCUGCGGCGGAGGAAUUUGACGGAAUAGGGGAGGAUCGAUGUGGAGAGACGAGAGAAAUUUCGGAUUUGAAGAAUGAUAGUUCUGACAGUAGAAAGCGUGAUUCUGAAGGGUCCGAGGAAAAGAAAAAGAAGAAGAAGAGAGUCAAGACUGAUGGUGAUGGCGAGGGUAAGAAAUCCAAAUCGUCUGCAUCCACAAAAAGAACAGAGAAGGAAAGAAAAGCUUAUCUUCAUCAGCUUCAUGCCGAGUCUCAGAGGCUGUUGCGAGAAACCAGAGAUGCAACAUUUAAACCCAUACCACUCGUACAAAAACCCAUAUCUUCUGUUUUGGAGAAGAUUCGGAAAAGAAAGCUAGAGGUCUCAAAAAAAACAAUCAUCGUGAACAGUAAUUGUUCUAAUGAGGAGAAGAUUAUGAUAGACCUUGAUUCCAAAGUUCCCAGUGAUGAGAGUGGAGAUGGUAAUUUUGGGAAAGCAAACAAUAAGAACAUGCUUGCACAUCAGGCUGGCAUAAAGGGUGAUUUGGAUGCUUCUGAAGUGGAUGCAUCUAAUGAAUCUGUUGCUCAUUCUAAUCACGAAGCUAUUCCUUCCAUGAUGGAUUUGGAUGAGGAAUCUAAGCAUGCAUUUCGAGCCCCACUUGAUGAUACACAGGAUCUAUUUUCUGAUUCUCAAGCAUCUGAUACAAAAGAUGAGCGGCCAAAUGAACAAUGCGAUAAUCCAAUAGAAGAAGUUCUUGCACCGUCUUUGCUCACAAUGAAUUUAAAGCUUGAUUCUGCUCCUCCCGAUGAUGAUGUUUCUUCAGAUGACGAGGACAGUGACAAGGAGAACAUUGAUCCAGGUCCACUUGGACCAGUUAAUUCUGGUUCAGCUCCUAAUGGUGAUCCCAUUAAGGCUUUUGUUGAUGAUGAAGCUGUGGAAGAAGAUGACAGUGACCAUGACCUAUUUCGGUUUCAAGACAGUGAAGAGGAGGAUAAUGGUGAUGCUGAGGAAUUAGAUGAUCUAAUAGUGACUGGUUUUGAAGAAAAGUCUACUGAUAAAGAAAGGCGCAAUCAACUUCAUCAGCAGUGGCUUGAACAGCAGGAUGCAGCUGGAACAGAAAAUCUUUUGCAGAGGCUAAAAUGUGCACCUAAACUGAGAGAAACGACUUUGCUUGAAGAUGAAGAAGAUGAGGACAAAGAAGUUGAAGAGUUCAGUGAUGAAGAUGCAGAACAUAUAAUUGCAGAAAAUGUUGCACAAAUUAAUGGAAGAAAAUUAAAGCAAAUGAUUCCACAGAUGUUCAAUGACAAGGAUGACACUUACUUGUCAUCUGAUGAUGAAGAAUCAGAAAAAAUUCUCAUUAAACAGCGUGUUCUUCAGAAAGCUGAAGAACAGGUGGCAUUCUUGUCACCAUCAGAGGAUGAAAACUCCAGAGAAGUUUUUGGCCUUAUAAAGAAGUUGAAUAUUGUGCCUGACACCAGGAAGAAGGCAAAAACAUCAUCCUUUUUGGAUGCAAUGCUUGUCGGGAGAAACAGUUACAGUUCUUCUAAGUCAUCUUUCCUGGGUCGAGUGUCAAGCCAUUCUCUGUCAUCAUCAUCGCAUAAGCAGGGAUCAAGCACUGCUCGUGCUUUUAUCUUUGGACGAGAUGACAGCAAUAGCAGGAAUUCAAUUUCAAUUUCAGAUGAUUCUUCAGAUAAGAUUGAGGCAGAGAAUCACUCAGCUAGGAAUGCGUCUGCAAAAUUCACCUACUCUCAGUCUAAAUCCAGUGCCCAAAACAAAAAGGUUGGAGCUAAAACGAUGCCAGGUGCAUCGCUUUUUGAGAUAUUGCGGCGCUCGUCUUUUGAGUCAAACAAUUGUACUCAGGAUAACUUGGUUGGUGUAUCGGAAGCUGUAUUCUCUGCAUUCAAAUGUGCAAAGAAGUCUAUAAAGACAGAAAGAACCUGACACAAGUACAAGGAUUUGGUUUACAAUUUUGUUUUCACUGCGAAUGAAAUCCUCUGUAUGUAACAUUGUUGGGUCAAAUGGAUUUUAAUGGUAAUUGUGUUUUUUCGCGAA